GAAGUUCUGCUGUCCAGCUAUAUGCAAAGGAAUCAAGCAAGAUGAUGUUGGAAGUUCUGAGAAAAGGCCCAAGGACUACUGCAGAAUUGGAGGCACCUGUAGCUGAUACAUCUCUUGUGUCUGCUGAUGCACCUCGUGUGCUUGCUGAUACUGUACUGGAUAUAUCUGGUGGGGAGCGUGCUUUUAUUGAGGCAGAUGAAGCAAAGGAACUGCUUAGUCCACUUACCAAACCAGGGAAUUCAUAUAAAAGAAUUUGCUUUAGCAACAGGAGCUUUGGUAUUGGUGCUGCUAAUGUUGCUGGUCCAAUUCUUGAUUCAGUUAAGAACCAGCUCACAGAGGUUGACAUCUCAGAUUUUGUGGCAGGAAGGUCUGAGGAUGAAGCCCUUGAUGUGAUGCGCAUAUUCUCCAAAGCAUUAGAGGGUUCUGUCCUGAGAUAUCUGAACAUCUCUGACAAUGCUUUGGGUGAGAAGGGUGUCAGGGCAUUCAGUGAGCUCCUGAAAUCACAGGAAUCCCUGGAAGAACUAUAUGUGAUGAAUGAUGGCAUAUCAGAGGAAGCUGCGAAAGCUCUAUCUGAGCUUAUUCCUGCAACUGAGAAGCUUAAGGUUCUCCACUUCCACAACAACAUGACGGGAGAUGAAGGUGCUAUGUAUAUAAUAUGA